AUGGGAACCAACUGGGAACCAAAUGGGAACCAAAUGGGAACCAAUUGGGAACCAACUGGGAACCAACUGGUAACCAACUGGGAACCAAAUGGGAACAAAAUGGGAACCAACUGGGAACCAAACGGGAACCAACUGGGAACCAACUGGGAACCAAAUGGGAACCAACUGGGAACCAACUGGGAACCAAAUGGGAACCAAACAGGAACCAAACGGGAACCAACUGGGAACCAAAUGGGACUCAAAUGUGAACCAACUGUGAACCAAAUGGGAACCAACUGGGAACCAACUGGGAACCAAAUGGGAAUUAAAUGGGAACCAAAUGGGUACCAAUUGGGAACCAAAUGGGAACCAAAUGGGAACCAACUGGGAACCAAAUGGGAACCAAAUGGGAACCAACUGAGAACCAACUGGGAACCAAAUGGGAACCAACUGGGAACCAGCUGGGAACCAAAUAAGAACCAACUCGGAACCAAAUGGAAACCAACUGGGAACCAAAUGGGAACCAAAUGGGACCGAUUUUUAUAA